AAAGAAUAGAAUAUUACGGUAAAUAGAAUUUAUGGAACAAUUUCUCUCUAACCGUCGCCGUCGCUUCAAAGCAUAAGGUAACGAAGGGGAAGGAGGAAUGUCGCGUAUCUCAAGAAACUGUUCCAUUGUAUUCAUAAUAGUUACCAAUGACAGACAACUUAUUACCCCACUAAAGGAAGCAAGGCGAUUUAUGGUUGACUGUUUUAAAGCAGUGGGAUCUAAUCAAACCCAUGCUGAAAUAGUAUCAGAUAAUUUGCUGGAAGCUGAUUACAGGGGACACUAUACCCAUGGAAUGAACAGAUUAGAAACCUACAUUAACUGUUUACAACACGGACUUGUAAGUCCCAAUGCCGUGCCUACAAUAGAUAAAGAAACAGAGGCCACUGCUUUAGUCAAUGGAAAUAAUGGCUUUGGUGCUGUUGUUGGUCAAUAUUGUAUGAAUUUGGCUAUAGAAAAGGCUAAAAACACUGGAAUAGGAUUAGUUGUGUGUCAUGCUUCAAAUCAUUAUGGAAUGGCUGGAAUGUAUGCUUUGCAAGCCAUUAAAAAAGGAUUCAUAGGAUUUAGUGCAACUAACUCUCCAUGUUUGAUGGUUCCAACCAGAGCAAAAAAGUGCCUAGACGGUUUGGAUGUUAGCGACCAUCAUGACAAUAUGUACUUUGCACACUGCUGCUCUAAAAAGUCGGCUUUGGGAACAAAUCCAAUGGGAUUCGGAGUCCCUGCGAAAGAUGGGGAUAGCUUUGUCCUAGAUAUGGCAACGACCGUGGCUGCUUUAGGAAAGAUUGAAAUACAACGUAGAAAGGGGAAACCAAUUCCACCAGGAUGGGCUUUAAAUAAAGAAGGCAAAGUUGAAACAGAUGCCGAUAUCGCAUUUCAGGAUAAGUUACUGGUUCCUCUUGGAGGAGAAGAAAUAAACGCUGGGUAUAAAGGAUAUGGUUUGGCUGUAGUCGUGGAUGUAUUAUCCGGAAUUUUAUCAGGAUCAAAUUAUGGUCCAAAAGUACCAAACUUUGGCACAUUAGAAAAUAUAGGACAUGCCUUUAUAGCGAUUAAUCCAAAAGUGUUCGCACCUGGAGUAGAAAAUAGAAUGAGUGACUUGAUGAAUCACUUACGAAAUAUGGAACCUGUAGAUCCAAAUCUACCAGUGUUAGUCGCAGGCGAUCCGUCAAGGAAGAAUAUGGAAAAAGUUCAGAAAGAUGGAGGUUUAUCCUACGUCCAAAAUCAACACGAUACGAAUAAAAAGCUUGCUCAAAGUCUAAAUGUUUCACCAAUGAAAUCGAUUUUAAUAAUAGGACAUACAUAAGACAUACAUAUUAUUCAAUUGAUGCUUUAAAAGAUAUUGCACCAUCACUUAGGCGA